CAUUUUUUUUCAGAAUGAGCUUUCGAUUUUUAAUUCUGCUUUUACUUGCUUCAACUCUUCUCGUGAACUCUUUCCCCAUUGGAAAAGACAAUGAAUCCGACGAGUCCGAAGUUGAAGUGGAUACCACAACUGAAGCUGAAAAUAUCGAGGUUGAAAGUCAAGAGGCUUCACUUGAUGAACAACUGAAUGAAGUUUCCGAGGAUCCAACACGAGAGAAACGUGGUUUGUACAGUUCUGAAAGAACUGAAGAAGAAGUUGAAAUCAGUCAUGGAAUGCAUCAUCGGGAGAAGCGACACUCUGAGCAUCUACCUCAUCCAGAUCCACCAAGUCACACAGCUAAGAGAAGUACAGAACAUCAUAGAGUUAAAAGAUCAGAAGGUCAUCCACAUGAAAAGAAGGCUACCCAUUCUCCAGAAGGACACAUUGUCGCAAAAGAUGAUCAUCACGGGCAUGAAAAGAGAAGUUCUGAUAGCCAUCAUGGACAUCAGAAGCGUAGUGUAGAUGAACAUCAUGGACACCAAAAGAAGAAUGCUGAAGAUCAUCACGAGCAUCAGAAGAGAUCGGAGCAUGUUGAGCAUCAGGCGGAAAUGCAUGAACAUCAGAAGAGAAGUACACAAGAAGUUUCUGGACAUCCAGAGCAUCAUUUGGUUAAGAGAAGUGGAGGAGAAGGAGGUCACCGCCACCAUCGCAGCACCGACCAAGGUCUUGAUGAAGACGAGCCAGAGGAUGAGAUUCAAACCGAUGAGAAUGAUGAAGUAACUGAAGAACCUGGAAGCAGAAAACGAAGAAAUACUGAUACUCCAAUGCCAUCAUUCCCAAGCGAUCACGACAGUGAGCAUUCGAACUCACCAUUCGAGUAAAACGUGUAUCACGUGCCGGAUCCAGUCACAAAGUACGUACUCUAAACAAAAAUCGUGGAAAUAGCAAAGCGGGAGAAACCACGCAGAACGACUCGUUGACACCGAAUAGCGGUGGUGUGUUCAAUUCCUAGAUACCCUUCCUUUUUCCUUUUUUUUUCUGCUUUUCACUUUUUAUUUCUGCAUUAUUUAUGUUUUGAUAUAAUGUUCUAGGCUCCGAAUUCCCGCCCCACCCAGUCGUUUUGCGUAUUUCUACCUCUUUUUGUAGAAAUUUUGUUAAAACUUUUGAUGAUCGAAACACUUUUUUAUUGUCGUUUUUAAUUUUUUUUUUUUGAAUAUUUUUUUGUAAUCAUAUUGAUUACAAUAAUUGAAGAAAAUAAAUGUGUUUGAAUUGGGAAUAAAUUUAUUCAAAGAUCAA